AUGGAAGAACAUGGCAUGUUUGUUGAGACGAAUGUUGCUGAAAAUGAACGAACGGAACAUGUAAAUUUCCUUCGUAUGGCUAUUAAAUUAGCAGAGGAUAAUGUUGAGCAUGGUCUUGGGGGACCUUUUGGUGCGGUAAUUUGUAAAGACGGUAAAAUUAUUGCUCAAGGUGCUAAUAGAGUUGUUCCAGCACACGAUCCGACAGCACAUGCUGAAAUCAUGACAAUCCGACUUGCUUCGGAAAAAUUAGAAACACAUAAUCUCGAAGGUUGUGUUAUUUACACUUCAUGUGAACCUUGUCCCAUGUGCUUAGGUGCUAUUUAUUGGGCGCAUAUUGAUCAUAUUUAUUUUGCGCAAUCAAAACAUGACGCUAAAGAUAUUGGUUUCGAUGAUCAUUUUAUCUACGAAGAAUUAGCACGUGAAUUACAUGAAAGACGUGUUGGUAUUACUCAACUACUUAAACAGGAAUCAAAAGCAUUCGAAAUGUGGACAGAAUCGCAUAAAAAAACUCAUUAUUAA